AUGGAUGGACCAUCUCCGUACCCAGCCUCUAACAAUCAAGCGUCUGAGGUAGAAAUUACCAACCACAGAUAAGUCUGGUGGGCGAUUCUGAGACGAAACGCUUCCUUUAUCCUACCUUAUCGACACGAUCCCAAAAUCGCAUUCCCAUAAGUCUUGGUCUUGGCAUUUUCAUAAAAAUAGCAGAGGCCUUUCUUGGGACAUAACAAUAUACAAUGAAACAAGACAUUGUCAUAGAUGAAUUUAAAUGUCUACAAGCAGGUUAAUUCGUCAUAAAGAGCUAGAAUUUUAAAAAUCUACAAACUAUGCGAAUUAUCGUCAAGUUAUUAUUAUCAUAGAAUAGUUGAAGUCAAUAUUAAAGGACACACUUUAUACCUCGAUAAUUGGUAUUCAUCUUCAAGACUUUUUAAAAUUAAUUGCAAACAAAACUAGUGCUAUUGGAGCCGUAUGCGAUAAUAGAAAGAAUGUGCCAAACGAUUUAGUUGAAAUAAAAUUAAAAAAAAGAUGA